UUGGAGAUGUGUGCUGGUGGCCAUCUCCAGAAACACCUGGAGCUUGCCGGUUUCGAACAGCGGUGAGUCACGCCUCCGCAGUCUUCACAACAAAAAGAGAGGCAGACUAUACAUUGGACGAUUCAUUUUGGAACGAUGAAACACCUGCUGGCGAAGUUGAAAGAUUAUUACGUGAAUAUCGGCAAAAUCAAGAAUUGGUGCGAAAUAUUGGCGCACAUUUAUAUCAAAUCAUCUAUCCAGUGCAGUUACGUCACCAUGAAAAAAUGGGCAUAUCAACGCGAGAGGCGCCAAAGUUUCCACAACGUGGCUAUGGUGAUGGGGGAACUUAUCAAAGUGGUAGUGCAACUCGGGGGCGAUCUAGGCAGACAGGGAAACAUUUUCAUCGUACAUCAUUGCUCAUUAAAGCGUUCAACCAUAAAUUCCGUCUCGACCUUGAGUUAAAUACACAACUCCUGGCGCCUAAUUUAAUGCAGAAACAUUUUCUACCUAGCGGAGCAGAGCACGUUUCUAAACAGGAAAUCGAGCACUGCUAUUAUCAUGGUACUGUAAAAGAUUAUCCAGGUGCCAGUGCGGCGUUUCAUACAUGUAAUGGAGUGAGUGGCGUUAUCCAUGUCGGUAAUGAAACAUUUGUAAUACAUCCAUUUUAUGGUGGAGAUCUUUCGAAACAUCCACACGUGAUAUUUGAAGCAAAAACAAAAGCAAAUAAAGGUUGUGCAAAUAAUGAAAAUACAGGAUCUAGUAAUACAAAUGCGAAUAAUGAUGGUGACACAAAUACAUCACCACGAUCAAGACGUGAUGUACGCGAAGCAACAAAAUACAUUGAAACAGCAUUAGUUAUUGAUAAAGCGAUGUUUGAUAAAAGGAACGGAAGUACACGAGCGGAAGUUGUACAUGAUGCUAUUCAAGUAGCAAACAUUGCUGAUUUGUAUUUUCGAACAUUAAAUACAAGAGUGUCUGUAGUUUAUAUUGAAACAUGGCAAGGUUCAAAUCAAGCGCCUAUUGAGAAAAGUCAAGACAUAAGUCGCGCCUUAUUAAAUUUUAAUGAUUAUACAUCUAGGAAAUUAUUUAAAGUCGAUAAAGAUACAACACAAUUGUUAACUGGGGAAACAUUCCAAGGUGGUGAGUCGGGAAUGGCAGUUCCUGAAACUGUUUGUACUGGGAAAUCAGUUGGAAUUAGUGUAGAUAUUAAUACAUAUGAACCUCAUUUAUUAGCUGGUACUAUGGCCCAUAUGAUUGGACAUAAUAUUGGAAUGGGACACGACGACGGAAGAGAAGAAUGUUUUUGUCGUGAUUGGCAUGGAUGUAUUAUGGCACAAUCAAUUGUUGGUUUAGAAAAUGUUCAGCCUUAUAAAUUUUCUGAGUGUAGUAAAUCAGAUUAUAUUGAUACAUUACGAAUAGGACGUGGUAUAUGUUUAUUAAAUAAACCAAAUGAGCUUGAAGUACGGCGAACUUGUGGUAAUGGAAUUGUCGAAGAAGGUGAAGACUGUGAUUGUGGCACUAUCGAAGAGUGCCAUGCUAUGGAUCCAUGUUGUGAUCCUAUCACCUGUAAAUUAACAAAAGAAUCAGAUUGUGCAUCUGGUCCAUGUUGUAAAAAUUGUAGGUUACGUCCACGAGGUGUUGUUUGCCGUGAAUCUAGAAAUGAAUGCGAUUUACCCGAGCACUGUACGGGUGAACAUGGUCAAUGUCCACUUGACACUCAUAAGAAGAAUGGUAAUCCGUGCGGUGAUAACACUGGUUAUUGUUUUAAUGGCACAUGCCCAACAGUAAAAUUGCAAUGCGAACAAAUUUGGGGAUAUGGAACUAUUUCGGCAGAUGAACAAUGUUUUGAACAAUUCAAUUCCAAAGGCUCUAUAAAUGGACAUUGCGGUUUGGAUGGUACUGGACAUUUCGUUAAAUGCGAAUCCGAAAAUAUCAAAUGUGGGUCACUCCAAUGUCAAAUGGGAUAUAAAUAUCCUGUAUUAUCAGGUUUAGAACAAGCGUAUUCUCGUACAAUAAUUUCAAUAAAAGGGAAAGAAUACGAAUGCAAAUCAGCCGGCGGUUCAACAACAAACACAGAUAUUCCUCGUUUAGGAUUAGUUCGUGAUGGUACACCAUGUGGUGAAAAUUUAGUAUGUAUCAAUCAAACUUGUACGAGUAUUUUUCCAUACAUAGAUCAAGGAAAAUGCCCAUCAAAUCACAAUAAUUUAGAAUGUUCUGGUCAUGGUGUGUGUACAAAUAUAAAUAAAUGCUACUGUGAUAAUGGUUGGGGUGGACCUGAUUGUUCUUUAGUUGUAGAAAUAACCCAACCACCUAUGUCACAAACAGAAGUUAGUCCAACAAUGUCAAGCGCAGAAAGAGCAAAAAGUGAAAUUGAAAGUAAAAUGGAGAAAAAAGAAACUCCAUACGAAAAUUACCAUGGUUCAAAUACCGUCUUCCUAGUGGGUUCGUUAAUGUCUGUGGUAGGGAGUGUAUUCAUUAUAUUUGCAACAGUGGCUCUCUGCUACAGGUCAGUUGUAGUACACAAAAACUUCUUCCUCUGUCUCAGAAGGAGCACGGUGCCGAAAUAUGAGCCUCCUUAUGUGAAAAAACCAAUGCAGAAAGCAUACGCCGCAACAUCAAACCAUACACAAGAUGACAACGUAUCAAUGGAUAGUGUCAAUAAAAUGCUUUCUUUUGGAAAUGCGCCUUAUAGCCGUGGAGACUCUCAACGUGUCCUGUUCCGUCCAGUAAACCACAUGGCUCCAGGACCUUCGCGUUUCCAAGAGCACAAAAUGCAGUCAAUGCCUCGAGGUAGUACCGGGUCCGGAGGCGAAGAUGAUCCAUCACAUUCAGGUGAGGAAGAAACAGUUUCGUUCAUAGAUCUCCCUCCCAACAACCUAUCGUGCAAAGCUCCCGAAAAGGGCAUCUUGAAAAAGCAUGCUGGGUAUGAUGGUAUAGGGGGAAAACAAUACACCAUAUGGUUGGAUCGUGAUAUGAAACAACCAAAUAAUACUAUACAACUCCUAGACAACAACGAGCUGGGUGACGGUAGCAGUGUGACCAUUGCAGAAGUUCAACGUCAACUAAAGAGUCUGAAUGGCUAUCAUGAGAACUUAUUGGAUGCAUUACGUACAGCCCGUGGUGCUGCAUCAACACCAUCUGGCAAUAUCAUCAUUAGUGAAGAAAUGCUUUGUAAAAAGAUUGCUGAUUGUGCUGCUGGUUAUUCGAGGUCGUCGAGAGUAUCAAGUCAAGAGAAAGUAUGCGAAAGUGGACCGCAAUUACAUACUGUUAUGGUUGAAGGAUCACCUCGCCAUCACCAUCAUCACCAUCAGCAUGCUGAUGACGAAGAAGAUGAUGAAGUACCUCCAUGUGGUCCUAUACGAAUUAGAAACUUGGAGGAUUUAAUGAGACAGUUAGAACAUCAUGGUGUACGACACAUGAGUCCAAGUGGUUCUGAGGAUAUACGAAUGUCUGAAACAGAAGCUGACAGACAUUAUAGACUCGAAUCGUCAACCGUGUGUAGUGAUUCGUCACAAGGACGUUGUCGAAGUAGAGGCGAAGAGGAGAGUCGUUUUGUAUAUGGAAGAUAUAGACAACCACAAGGUAGUGGUAGUAGUCGCCAUGGGCCUUAUCCAGCACCAUCCCAUCAUCAUUCUCAUCAUGGAAUGUCUCAUACUCAUUCACAUCAUCAUAUGCAUCAUACUGACGAUGAAGGUAUUUAUGAAUCGGCAGAUCAUGAUAGAGGAGGUAAUAUGGACCAAACACCUGAUAGUGAAAGUGAUGAAUUUAUUCAAGCUCAACAACAGUUAGCCCGGUGGGCGAGUGAGGAAACGCUUCCCGGCGGUGGUCCGGGGAUAACUAGCACAGUGAACGUGUCGAAUCGUGAAUAUUUUCCAUCGCCAGUUAGUUCGAGUAGUGAUAAUUCCAGUGGUGGCGGUGCAUCUGUUGCACGCGCGCCACCAAAAACAACAACAUCAACACAUCAAUCAUCAUCAACACAUAUACCACCAUCAUUAGUACCACAAGAUUCAGACAACGAUUCGUCAAAAGAUACAGCUGCAUCCUCUUCAGUAUCUGGUGCUGAACAAUCGGGCCCAACAUCCACAACCUUCCCGAAACGUUAUCCAGAAUAUAAACACUGAUAUAAUGUUCUAAUUAUAGAUAAUUAUAAACGAAUAAUUUACACAAAUGAAUAUGAUUAUUUAAGAACAGG